ACGUAAAUUUCACCGGACUUUCGUUGCUUCUUUCGUUUCGAUUUCAUCCCCAAAUCCACUGCAGUACCCGUAGGUUAGCACUUCCGCGGCCUUUAUCUACUAUGAGCUUCCAGCAUUUUCGACUUGGAGAGCUUGCCAUGCACCAGCCAUUGCCGCCCCAUCUCAUGCAGCCGCAGCCGGGAGCGAAUGGAGAGGUGCAAUUUCCUGGCCAAAGUUUUACUACCAAUCCCAGCAACGGUCACAUUUUUUCAUCCUCAUCUGGUUCCAAACAGCCAUAUGGAUCUGGCGACUCCGAUGACGGGUACACUUUAGUCUUUCCCAAUCUUGCUGCUUUCAACGAAUGGCGUCAGAAGGAGGAGGAGACGCAGAUGGUCGAGUUCGUCAAGGGAGAUACCCAUGGAAGCAAAGCCGUCCCUCCUCGUUUUAAGGACCAUACCAAGCUGGUCUGUGCUCGCCAUUCGCGCAGCGGCCGGAAAAAAUACGUCAAGAAGCAUCCGGAUAGGGUGCGCAAGGUCCCCAGUCGAAAGCUCGAGGGCGUAGGCUGUUCGGCUUCAAUCAGCUUCAAAACUUACUUUAAUACCGAGGAAGUACGCGCUUCAUACAACUCGCAGCAUUCCCACGAAAUUGGCCUCGCCAAUCUGCCAUACACGCGUCGAGGUCGUAAGGCCGCUGUUCAGCAGGAAAAAGAACGCCCUCGUAAGCAUCCGAGGAAGGAAGAAAGUGCUUCAUCACCCUCUAUCAAUGCGUCUCCGUCAACAUCCAUGCCUCCCCCUCCCCCACCGCCGAAUCAAUUUACUUCCACCGUAUCUAUGAUAGCACCUUUACCUGGACAACCUCCUUAUCCACAAGUCCCACAACCUUACGGCUAUGUUCCUCAACCAUAUCCCAUGCCACCAGGUCCUACCGCCGCUGUGUCCCAGGAUCGAUGGCAGAAUAUGUCGACCCUUUUCAACUCGAUCCGCGAACACGCUCGAAAUUUUGAAUACCCUUUUGCUAGCGUCGUCGCUCUUGAAAGUGUUUUGAUUAGACUCUUUCUCGAAAGCCCAGUGGCGAUGACUCAACCCGGCAUGAUUCCCGUACCGGGGGGCCCGCUACCACCUCAAUUGCAGCAACAAGCGCCACCGCCUGGGAUCGACGGUAAUCAGUCUAGUGGUCCCUCGGCGAACACUGUUCAAGGAACCGAGAGCGAGGAGAGCGGAGGAUCGGAUGACAGCUCAUAACAUGUACAGUAUACUCUUUGGAUGGAUAGAGAUUGUGUAGGAACCAAUUGUACGAUUGUUAGGAAAGAAUUACUGUUACUAUUUCGUCUGUAAUAUCGUUAAAAAGAACAAACUUUGUGAUCAGGCCUUUCAGGGCGCACAUGACG